CUUCCUUUCUUCCUUCCUUCCUUCCUUCAUUCUCUUUCUCUAUCUCUUUCUUUCUUUCUUUCUUUCUUUUCUUUUUAUUCUUCUCAUUUGCAUCCUCAAAACGAAAGAGAGAACAUUUAUGCAAACACAUCCUCACAAUCGGAUUCCACAUUUAUUUAUUUAUUUCUUCUUCUUUUUCUGUCCCUCGCUCUCUUCUUAUCCCUCUCUUAUCCAUUGAUCAUCCUUUACAUCUUGUCCUUUUCCUUCUCCUUCCACCCAAUUUCACAUCGUAUCGCAUUAUACACUGUAUACUGCUUCAAUUUCUGCUUAACCAUCAUUCUCUCUAAAUAGCAAUUUUCUUUUAAAACAAAUGACAGUACCAGAGUCCAACAAACCAGUAACUACCGUGGCUGUGAUCCCUACAGCCAAUUCAAUCAAAGCCCAUUCGUUUGUCAGACAAUACCCCGUUACCUCAACAUCCUUUCAAGCUAGUCAAGAAGGAAAUGGUCGUGGCGAGCACAAUGGACGCGUCAGCAUCCAACCUACAGGCUUUGAAGGUGGACUUUUAGUCGGAUUAUACGAUCCCCACCAUGGUCCACAAUGUGCCGAAUAUCUCCAACAACACCUUGUGCCAAUCCUCGAUGAAUCCCUCUCUACCCAACUAGAUCAUUCGGACGAUGACCGUGAUCAUCGCCAUGCCAACCCCAACACUUGCAAGAUUGACCCAAUUCAGGUCAUCGACACCCUCAAAUCCACCUUUAAAGAACUUGACGAGUUGCUUCUGGCGACUGCUAUCACCGUCUCGUUAGCUCAACCCGAUGGUACUGAAAUGAACGCUGAGGACGAAGUGAAGAAAACCCAAGAGGUCAUCGCUCAAGUCAUCACAGGAUCUACAGCCUUAGUUACCUUCUUGGCUCCUCACACAUCAUCGCCAUCAUCCUCAGAAACAGGGGUAGAUUUACGUCGACAUGACCUCUAUCUUGCCCAAUUGGGAGACUCCGUUGCCAUACUUGCAGGAUACGACGCGGCAGGCCAGUGGACUGCUCGUCGGCUCAACCCACCAGAAACUCACGAGCAUUCGGUCCGGUAUCCAGGCUCAGAAGAAUACUAUAAAGUCACAUCAGAGGCAAAGGAGCGUGCACUCACUGCAGAGCAGUUCUUAACUCAACACAACGGUAGCUCAACCUCGUGCACAACCGACAGUACCAACGGCAGUAACAGCGAUAGUAGCUCAACAGAAUCUGCACAAAACACCUUCUUAACAAGACAUGGCAAAUUCCUGGGCUUGCCUGUAACCCGUGCUUUCGGAGACUUGGAUUGGAAGGUCGAACAGGAAGCUAGAUCUUCUGUCGCACCUUGGGUCGAAAAGUCAUUGCGCGCAAAAAUCGAUCAAACGCUUAGAAGCGGCCAAGAACAGAACGGGGAACCAAGGGCUGAACGUUCAAGUCAGCAAGAUCAGGAUGAGAUUGGCAUCAACAAUCUGAAUGAUCCUCCCUAUAUUUCUGCAGACCCUAAAAUCACCCGCUUCAUACUGGAGACAAGGAAUGGAUCGAUACCAGCGAACGCUGCGAGAGGCCCUUCAGAUCAAUUGUUAAUCCUUUUGAGCCGUGGACUGCUAUAUACUACCCACACAUUGACAAACAUAGCUACAGCAGAUGGCUCCGUACAGGACGCAUCGACAGCAACGGGCCUAGGCAAGGCCAAUACGAACCCAAAUGAUCAAGCUCUCAUAUCGGACUUUGAAUUAUCUCGCAUAGCAGCGAAUGUAUUGGAGAAGGGUGAAGAGAACUGUGCGCUCGAACUGGCCAAGGUCUUGGACCAAGCACGUAAGGAUCUAGGUAUUAUGGAGAAAGAAGGUGAAGAAGGGGACGAGGGCUCUGUAGUGAUCGUCGUGCUGUAGUCCCCCGUUGUGUAGCUCCAUAAUAAUAAUAAUAAUAAUAAUAAUAAUAAUAAUAAUAAUAAAG